AUGCAAUAUGAAGUCGCCGAAGAGAAAUACUUUGAACCCGUGAUAAUAAAUGCUGCGCUGAACAGUAAGAAAAAGUCAAAGGCAGGUUUUACGCCCGAUCGAUGGCGACCCAGACCUAUUCGAGAAAUGGAUCUAACGAUAAUGGUGCCACCUAACCAGACAUUGGAUGAUCUCUUGGAAGAAGUGAGGCGGGAUGCAGCAGAGAAAUCGACACCCACAGAAGAUGGUGCAGGUACUUCUGCUGAUAUGUUCUUCAAUGCUUCAGGAUUUACAUCAGGUUCUUCGAGCAUAUCAAAUACUCGGGAGAAUACUCGGAAUACUCAAGAGCAAGAGCAGCCACCACCAGCUCAAGAACAAAUAGCUGAUCGAAGCUUUGGAUUCAGUUCUAUGACAAGUAAUCAAAUAGUUCCAAUUAAAAAGAAAUCUACAAAGAAACCACAGCCACCUACUGAUAUCAAUCAAAUACCCGAAGAAGAGAGUGAAAAUUAUGGGAUUACUGGAACUUUAGGAAUGUUUAUCAAGACUCUGUGGGGUUGGUAA